CAUUCUACUUAUGAAUUCAACGUUAUAACAAGACUUCGCGUUUUUGUUUUGUAAAUUUUACUGUCCGCUUGUUGUUUAAUUUGUUUCUCGAUCCCCACGAGUGGCACGGUCUCCGAUGCUUUGGUCCAUGACGUCAUCAAUCUCGUUUCGGUUUCGCGUUUGGUUACCAUGCAUGAGGUUAAAGUUCUUUAUUCUAUGGUUAAAGUCAGUUCUUUAUUGUAUGGUUAGAAUGUACUCAAUGGUGUACUAGAGGUAUUCUGUGGUACUAGAAUACAUUGUCUAGUACACUCUACUUGAGGUGUAGGUGUUCUGUGUUAGCGCUGAGGGAAAUUCCAUAAGCGGCGGGCGCAGUUUACGUAAAAUAUGUCACGAUUGCCUACUUGAAAUUGAAUAUUGGUGUGGUGAAAGCAGUAUCUAGCUGCUGCAUGGCGCUCCUUUCUCAUUUAGUACAUUGCGCAGUGAAGUUGGUGAAGUCGCGAAUGAGUUUAGGCAAAUGCAUUAGUAGAUACGUCUGGCAUCAGUCGACUGCAUGGUCAAAGCUGUUGGUUCUUUAUUCUGGUCUACGUGAUGGCGAGUCCUUCAUGCACCGACAUCAGUGGCGGGCUAGAGCGCACGCCUGUGUCGUUUCUCAAUGACGUGGACACCGAACGCCUUCCUUACUUCGAGUUGCUCACAUUUGGAGGGAAAUUGUGCUGGCAAGGCUGACCAUUAUCCCGGGCCUGCGUCAUCAGGGUCAUGGACUCUGCAGAGACACUGGAUGACCUUGAGCCAUCGCACUGCAGUGUGCUCUUUACGUACGCUGUUGGCAUGUCCCUCGUGGCUGCUGCUGUCUGCCUUCUGCUGUGGAAUGAGCACAGGGCUGGUGCUCUAUCCAGGGCACUUGACCAAGCCUUGGAGCAGGUCGUGCACAUUGAGGAGGGCCAAGCGGCGCCAACAAACUCGACACGCCUCAUUCACAUCACAGGGCAGCUCUCGUCAAGGCAGGUUGCAAUUGAUGAGGCAUAUAAUAUCUCGGUUGCGGCUGUGAAACUGCGGCGCCUGGUGGAGGUGUACCAGUGGGUCGAGAAAAGCACAUACAGGCAGUACGGUGAUUCAGAUGGCAUCAGUAUGGAGAAAGAGUAUGCUUACGAUUACCAUGUGGGUAUCUGGACAUAUUCCAUCUCCUCAUGGAAGGAAGCAAUUGUUACCCCAAUUAAACAAGAGCUUGACUGGAGAUCUGAACUUGUGGACUGCACAUCCUUGACAAAGGUGUCCUGUGUUAAUCCGAUGUUCCCUGUUCAUAGUAUGGACUUUGUGCUGUCUGAAGUCUACCUCGGCCAACUACAGCUCUCGGACAGUUUGAUUUCCAUGAUUGAUAACUUCCACCCUCUGGAUGCUGUAAUCACCGAUCAAGGCAACAAGAACUUUGUGUACCUGACUGAAUCUGGUGGGACACCCGAGAAGCCAAAGGUUGGGGACAUGCGGAUCUCGUUUCUUGUGGCCGGUAUUCUUGGCCCCCAAGGUGACAAGGUAUCCAUAGUGUCCGAGUGUGAUGGCCACCACUUGCAUCCCUUCAAGUCAACAGCUGGGGCAUCUGUGGAGUUUCUCGAGUUCGGGGACGUGACUGCCAAAGUGAUGUUCAAGCAGGCAUAUGCAGACAAUGGCCUGUCCACAUUCCUCUUCCGCAGCAUCGCCUGGUUUGUCUCCUUUAUGGGAUUCUCUCUGCUCUCCCCAGUACUCCACAUUCCCUCUGAUGCCCUACCUUGGCUGCGACUGCUGGUCCCAGCCGAAACCUCACCAAUGGAGUUCAGCGUCUAUACUUGGCUCAUCAUCGUACUCUUUGGCUGGGCACUGGCAAGACCACUGCAUGCAGUAUUGGCAUUGCUUGCCUGUCUCAUUCCCUUUGUCACUACACGCAGGCUGCACCACGAAGCUUAGCUGCAGUGCAGUGAACCGUGCUGGGAGAUGUUUUUCCAUGGCUGGGGCAUCUCAAGUGAUGCUGUCCUGACCAGUCACAGUUAGUCCUUACACAGCACAUUUUUAAAUGUUUGAUACAGUGUCGUUGUCUGACUGCUUGUACAUAAGAUUUCAGCAGAACCAUUUUUGUUAGCUGUGACAUAUUUCAACAGAAUUUCUGGAGUCACUCUUCGCAACUAUUUUGCUUGGAGGUAUGGAUCUGUGAAAAGACACUUUUGGGCUAAUUGGUUUGUCAUAAUUUGCUAACAGUUCUGGAGAACAAAAACAGCAGAGACAGCCUUGUAGGCAUCUGUCUAUUGCGUAAUUCAUGCUCUCUGCCCCUCUUAACAAGCUAUACAUAUCCGCAAAUUCUAACAGUUUACAUUUUUUUAGCAACAAACACCCUCAGGUUGACAGCACAUGUGAGGGGGGCAAAAAGGUUAUUUUUCUUUUCAACAUUUUUAUAUAUCUCGGGAACUUUCCGAAACUUAAUUCUCAUCAAAGCAGUCCAGGAACUUUCAUGAAGUUAUAGCUCAAUGCCUCCUGAAGAAUCAGUGUUAUAGAUCUGACCUGAAGGCCAAGCGGCACAAUCACAGUGUUGCACUGUAACUUGAAACCGAACCUCAGCCUGAACUGCAUAUUUUUUUUUCCAAACCAAAACUGAACUUGAACCGACAUGUGUUGCCACUUUAGGGCUGAACCUGAACCAGAGCCAAAUGAUGGAACCAUUCCCAGGCCAGCAUCUCGGAAUCAGUCUGGGCAAAAGCAUAGCAGCUAUUCUGAACCAGUUUGGUGAGCAGUUCUUAACAUUUCGUGGGAAAUUGUAUUUCCCUAAGGCAACUUGUGAUUUCGCCUCCCAAAUUUUCCGCUAGAUUAAGCAUUCUAUUGUUCCUUGCGAAAAUAUUGAAAGGCUUAUGCUGAAGCAUACUACGCAUUUCCAAGAGAGAAAUCAAGAACACAGUUCUGAAAACAACCCACAAACUUCACUUCUGAGCAUGAGAUGUUCAGUAAUCAGGCUUUUCAAUAGAGUGCUACAUAUGCACGCUAAAUAGCAACGAGGUGCGGUUUUCUAAGGUCUUUUAGUAUGCCAUACCAAAACUGCACAUGGUGCAAGAGAGCAAAUAGAAAAUGGCUUCGCAUUUAGAAGUGGUCAAGCAACAUGUCACUGUACUGUAUGUGAAAACAAUUUAAUUCAUUUUUAGGCUCAGAGCUUUUUCUCAUGGUGCUUUCUUCUUGGACAGGGCUGUGUCUGUCGUCUACACCAUACUCUUUUGCAUUGUUCAAUUCCAUUCAACAUGCCACAAACAGUCCAGUUUAACACACUUCUGCAUUGCAAAACAUUGUGACUGUUUUACUGAAAAGGAAACAGAAUUUGAAUUUGGCACACAUUCCACAUCUGCCAUUGCUAAAUUGACGAAGAUUUUGACAUAUGAUAAAGUAAACAAAAUGUGCUUGUACUCAAAUGUUGCUACUUGGCCAACUGAUGCAGAGUGCAAUGUAGUACACGUACAUGCACAUGCUGGCAAACACUGGCACUAAUUGCUAAUUGUAAAAAGGGUUGCCAGUAGCAAAGCCAACAAUUACAUAAAUAUGAAAUUGCAGGCCAUGUGUUAGUUGGAGAAGCACUUGCUCUCUUUUCUGUUGUUCAGUAGCUGGAUGUCCUCUCUGAGUCAACUACUUCGUAGGUGAUAUGUGCUUGUGAUACAAUUUGUCGGCUCAUGUAUAUAUUUUGGAGCCAGCUUUCACACUAAGUGUGGUCCGCAGAUGGUCUGGUUUUAAUCCUCUUGUACUGGGGCUUUUGCUAUUUCAUCUAUUCACUGUGUGCAAGAAACUUCAUCUUGGUGAUUGCUCGAGCAAGUUCAAGUAUUCUGCAAGCUCCCGCAAGGUCUGCGAGAUGCACUGGUACAAUGUUCAGUGCGCACAUUGCAUUUAUUGCUUUGCACAUUCUCACCUGUAGAACAAAUGUAUUUCUUUUUUUUCUGUUGGUGAUAUUGUUAAAGAAUGAUCAUUCCUUGUAUGUGCUAUCUCGACAAAGUGCAAUGCACUAUUGAAUGUUUGAUAUAUACAUAUAUUAUAGAUUUUAAUGCAAAUCUUCAUUUCCUUCAAGCCAAGUCUAAGGUUAUGUCUAGUCAGCACUGUCCUCAGAGCUGCUGAGGAUGGGACCAACAUUUUCUUUAUUUACACUUUAGAAAAUAUGAGUUGCGGCACCAUUGCAAAAGGCACCUAUUUUUUUGGCAUGCAGCAGGGUUAUGGCAGUCGGCAUGUCGGGUUUAGUGCCAAAGCAGCAUUUAACAUGAUUUCUUUCCGCUUUGGUAUGGUGCAGCAGGGCAGCACCAAGACAAACUGCAACGCACAUUCACGAUGACUUUUGCUGCCAUGGGCCUUUUGGCACCACUGUUGGCCUGUUUCUCCACAGCUUUCAAGGUCCAAGUGUGCCUUCUGCUCACAUGCUCCAGCUGAGAACUGGUCAGGAAAGGAAACAGCACGAAGCAGCCGAGGAGGACACCACCAUUGCAAUGCUGGCCAUCUUAUGUAGCACAUAAACGUGCAACGAUCUGAGCAGGAUCCAGACCACUACCAAGUGCUUCUGGAAAAGCUAAUUCCUUUUUAAGGAAACUAAUGAAAUGCUCACUCAAAAAAAGAAUUUUUUUAUUUGAUUUGGCAAGACGUACAUAAUUUUUUACGAAAGAAUGACCAUUCAACCACUUGUCUUCUUACAAAUGAAAGUCUUUUUUUCGGAUAAUGGUACCACACCAGCUCAACCAUUCCACCUGUCCUUAGUGACUUGUACAUUGUGUGGACAAACGAGCUUCCAUGCAGAUCCUUGGAAAGUGUGCGAGUUUUAAAAGUGUCUCGAAUUGUCAAAAACUGUGCAUUUAGAAAUUGACUAAGAGAACUUUAGCAGUGUUGUAUCACAAAUGUCUGCUACAUAGUGCGAGUACAUGUAGCCAAUUGUGAUACCUUGUGAGGUACAUAUUGGCACUGCUGAACAAGAUUCCUGAUAACACCAAAGGAAGCUUUGCCACAGCAUAUAGUGCCUGCAUAAUUUUUGGUGUUGUAACUGUGCAUAUGAAAUGACUGAUUAAGGAAACGGAAAGGACCACUGUCUUCUCUUCUGUUUUGCACUUUUCACCUCCUCUCCCCCCCCCCCCCCACCAAUAUGUACACAGUUCAUAUGCAUAAACUUAAAUUGACGAGUGCACUGGUAAGUUCGUAAUGCAGUCCCCAAUUUAAAGUUGCAUUCAAAGGCAGAAAAGAAAAGCGGCUUUAGUACUGUGAAGUCUCUGGUUUGUACAUAUAUUUUUGCUCAAGGAUGUACAACUUAAGCAUUUGAGGUAAAUCUUGAUUGAACUUGAAGCAACUUGGAACUUGCCACUUGUUUCUGAAAACUGCGUUUAACAAAAGGUGUGUUCUGCAAAUGGGAGUUUGGCUUUCAAUAGUGCAGUGUGCUUGAAAACACUCCAACCCACUGCUGCUUACCUUGUGCACAACAGGAGUUUGACGUUGCCAGUGGCAUGGUCGGCACCAUUUCACAAGUCUUUUUGCAGUGUACAGGCUGUCUCACAUGCCCACGUAAGCAACUUUGGUAGAUGCCAUUGUUUGUACACAGAAUCUUUACAUGCAAUUUAGUGGCACAAGUGUUGGUGUUGCUGAUGGUUUUUCUGUACCCACUCCUUCGAAACCAAAAGUCGUGUAGUCUCAGUCCCCAACACUGAUUGUAGUAUGUUGCAGCAGUGUGCAUCGCAGCUAUAUGUAUAGCAUAAUGGUUGUGCCACUUAUGCCCAUUUCUUGAUUGAAUAUAAUGGGCAGCCAUGACGCAAGGUCAUUACAUUCAUCUGUUUACUAGUAUAUUCAUGUGUAAACCUUGUUGGGCUGGGCUGGGGACAGGUCGUUUCUUUUGUUUUGUUUUUGUAUAGUCUUUAUUGCUGUUGGCAUUUCCAUUUGCAAUAAAGUACAUAGUAUGCUGCAAAA